AUGGGUGAUAGUGAAACAGUUGUUGCUCAAUCAUCAGCUAUCCAAGAGCAUCCAUCAACUACAGUUAAUAGAGAUUUGGCUGCUUCUACAGGUAUCGAUACCAUGGAUGUAGACAAUGUCAUUCCUCAUGAGGAUGAUCAAGCAUCCAUUCAGAUCUUAAUGGAAGAGGCUUCUUUACAACAACUGAUAUUCACACCCUUUUCAGUGGGACUUUUCUUUGUACCAGAAUCUCCUAGAUGGCUGGCAAAGAUUGGAAGAAAGAAAGAGUUUGAUGCAGCCCUAAGAAAACUUAGAGGGAAGGAUGCUGAUAUAUCUGAGGAGGCGGAUGAAAUCCAGGAUUAUAUAGAAACACUACAAAAGCUCCCGAAGGCCAAAAUAUUCGAUUUGUUUCAGAGAAGAUAUUUGCGAUCUGUCACUUGUACAAAAGAAACUCAUCGCCUUGUGGACUGUGAAACUGUGUCCAAGUAUGCUGAUCGAAUUGUUAAUGCUAAAUGGGAAGUUAAAGAACAUGGAAUGGAACGCAAAGUUCAUUUCCAUCAAAUCAAUCGAUGCCCUAUUUGUCCCAAAUUCUUCAUCCCUCUUUUUCUCACAGCUUCAUCGUUGAGUGUUCCCCAAUCCAGAACCAGCGUCCAAAUCCAUCGUCUCCUCCGUCAACCAUCUCGCUUAUUCAUUGAAUCGAGUAAGGUGAAGACUCUGGAUCCUUUGAAUCUGAAUUCUAAACCACAAAAUGCAGUCUAUUUUGCCCAAAACCUAAAACACGCCUCCACCUUUCUCUUUAACACCCACGCUCCACAUCGUCUUCCUCCACCAUUCGCCGGCCAUCAGACAUCCCAUCUCCGGUCUCCGUCGACAAGCAGUGUCGUCGACCCCUGUAGUGCGUCUCUGAUGAAUUCUUCUCCUUGUCCCCGAAGGUACUCCUUAGCUCUCAUUUUUUAUGUUUUUCUUGCUGAAAUUUUGAAUGUUUGUUUUAAGUCGAGUUUAAACCAAUGUUUGAUGGUAAAUAUCUGA